AUGGAACAGUUGAAGAAGGAUCUCCACGAGAAGAUAAUCAAGGGAACUGUUGACCUGCCUCGGGAUACCGAGAUUGCUACUGGCUCUGAUCCUAAGCACGAGGGUGUCUGGGUCGGAUGGUAUCUGCCUCUGGUGACUGUUCCCGGUUGGGAUAUGAAGUUGAAGGGGUGCAGUGUCAAGAGACUCGCGGAAGCUCCUCAAUUGCCACAGUCGAGUUUGGUUCAGAGAUUCAGCCCAGAACAGACAGCACUGAAGGUCAUCUGUAGGAUGCAGACAAGACAGAAGGGUGCCAAAUAUUACGCACUUGCUUACCCAGACCCGACGACGGGAAUCUGCAAAGCAUUCCACCUUGGGCGCGGAACUUCUGUCUUCUUCCACCGAGAAUUUCGGAAAGACGAAUUGGCGAGCUCCGAGAGCUGA